GGUGACGUCAGGGCAUCGCUCUCGUUGAGUUGAAAGGGAGCUCUCUCAGAGCUGGGUACGGUUUGUUUAAUCCACGGAGCUGUUUCUCUUCAUGAGUUUAUUUAACAGACACAUUUGAAAUCUCUCGGGAGGUGGGAAGCUGGAACAUAAGUCUUUAUAGUUUUUUUUUUUUUUUCACGGGAGAGAAUUAAGGCGAUCUGCGUUUGCCUACACACACUUAUGGAUUGAUUGGUCUUCCUUUCUGCACUUUAUCUCGUGAUCAUAUUUAGCUUGUUGUUUUUUUAAGUGCUGGAGGUUGUGUGCGGAUGGUUAGUCUUUGAUGUGUGUAGGCGCUGGUCGCGCUGCUCAGAUUACACGCGUUUGAUCGCAGAGCCUCUUCUGCUUUGAUGUGUGUGCUCAGUUUUUUUGUUGUUGCUCGGUUUGGUGAUUCGUCUGCAGAGCUCUGCGGGGUACAGCUCGGGAGGUGGGGAUUAUGGGUCUGUGUUUGAUCCAGAAGAUCGCGGACCUGAACACAAACUAAUGUGAACUGUCUGACUGGGAGAAGGAAUAACACCGUCUUUGAGUGGAAGAAACCCGUGUCAUUCUGAACUCACAAACUAACAGACUGGGCUGGGAGGAGUCGCACGAACUCGCAAAUAUGUUCAAGCUGGUGCUCAUCUGGACUUGCCUGGUGAUCGGGGAGGCAGGGGAAGAGAACGGCUGCAGAGAGCAGGAGUUCCGAGACCGGAAUAGGAACUGCAUUGCCUGCAGACAGUGUGGCCCGGGACAGGAGCUUUCAAAGGAAUGUGGCUUUGGCUAUGGGGAAGAUGCCCGGUGCGCCCCCUGCAGGCCCAACAGGUUCAAGGAGGACUCGGGGCUGCAGAAGUGUAAGCCCUGCCUGGACUGUGCCCUGGUCAACCGGUUCCAGAAAGCCAACUGCACGGCCACCAGCAACGCCAUGUGUGGAGACUGCCUGCCUGGAUUUUACAGAAAGACCAAACUGAGUGGAUUCCAAGACAUGGAGUGUAUUCCAUGUGGAGACCCGCCCCCUCCCUACGAGCUGCUCUGUUUAGGCAGUAACCGGGUGAACCUGGUGAAGAUCCCGUCCACAGUGUCCAGCCCGCGGGACACGGCCCUGGCUGCAGUGAUCUGCAGUGCGCUGACCACCGUUCUCCUGGCUCUGCUCAUCCUCUGCAUCAUCUACUGCAAGAGGCAGCUCAUUGACAAGAAGCCCAGCUGGUCUGUGAGAUCUCAGGAAGCGCCAUGCAAUGGUGCCGAGCUCUUGUGUUUCGACAGACACAGGAUGAACACGUGCGCUCACAGAACAUGCUGCCACUGCCACCCCGACGCGGCCCAGACUUGUGGUCCGGUUCAUCUGAUCCCUUCCCUGUGCUGUGAUGAGACGUGCAGCUUGGAGCACAACAGUGAGGGCUGUCCUUUUCACUCCCAGAACACAUUGGAUCAAGGAAACAUGGAUCCUGUGGAGGCGUGGCCUCUUAUGCGACACUCUGCCAGCAGCGAGAGUCUCUCCCUUUGCCAGUCCAGCCUUGGAAGUGGGGCGGAGGGGGUGGGGCCACCAGAACAGCCGGCCCCCUCAGAAUCCACCGAGCCCCACCCUGCACAUCCUGAAUCAAGAGAAGGCUGUGGAGCGAGCAGGAGCACAGAGAGCUCAGCGAACGAGACUUCACACCAGCCUUGCACGCAGCAUUAGCCCUGGAUAGACCUCCGCUGAUGCAGUUUACAUCCUGCCAAUAGGAGCAACAAUACUGGGGUUAACAGUGUGCAAAAAAAAAAAAAACACACACCAUGGGAGCCAGCUGGCAGCUAAUAUCGGAUACACUGGAGCUCCCCCUUCCAGCUACAAUGCAGCCUUCAAGUCAGCAACUGAAUGCGUUGAGCAAAUACAUGAAAUAUCUGAAUUCAAGGCAAGACCAGCCUGUACAGAAGCAGAAGCGGAGAGUUUGAUUUAAUUGGGGGCAAAAGGCACGGGACAAAAUCUAAUGAAGUAGGAAGGAUAUCUUGUUUGCAGUUAAGAAGCCAAGCGGACUAGGUGAACUGCAGGAUGUUGCUGUUUCUGAAUGUCUUGAUUCUCGGCACACCUCCCUCAGAAGAUCCAGGCUACCCUGCCAAGCCCAGCUGUGGUUCAACCUGUACAAAUACAUUAGUAGAAGACCCGCUGUCGAGUUCUCAUAAGCUCAAUGUGCGCUUUGCAUCUUUAUGCACUUUGUUGAAGUCCCAUUUUUUUAUAUUGUUUCAAGUACAAUAAUCCACACAUCGCAAGCUAAUGCACUUUGAAGCACACAGAUGAAUACUGUACAAAUAAUUUCUUUCAGGAACUUGUGUGCGGUUUCAUCAGUUUUGCAAAUGGUACAAUUUUGCAAUAGAUGCAUCUUUUUUUUUUGCAGAUAAUGUAAAAUAGUAAAUAGAUUGUCAAUAUUGGUUUUUAACUCAAAGAUGACUGUAUUCUUAAGUACAGCAGUGUCUCCUUGUGUGCAGCUUAUACUUAAGCAUUAGUCUUGUGUACUGUGUAUGUAUACCUUCUGAACGAAAGUAAAUUGCUUCUGCAUUUGUAAAUAAAUCCGUGCAAACCUGA